CUCAACCUGCAUCCAGGAGGAUCGUCCGUCUCAACAGCUUGACCUAGAUAACUUCUCCAGUUUGACUUCACCUUCACAGCAUGCAUAACCGAUCAUGGGUAAGUCUCGUUGUGGGAACAGCACUAUGCAGCCUGUUCCUGGGAUCCGCUGUUUUCUUUGUGGUUUCUCUUGCGCUUGUCUGGAGACUGACCUUUGGAGUGGUGGUCAGCGCGGUGGACUGGGUGUCUGUUGUCAGGAUACCUCGACCUGUGAAGUUCUUUAGAGAGAAACAGAGGGCUGCAGUUGCUGCUUCAAGUGCGACUACAACACUUGCGCUCGAACUCCUUCCCUCUUGGAGCGAAGGCGCGGCAGGCAAGCGCCAGGGGAAGCCUUGCAAGAACCAGCAGGCCUGUCAACCCCGCCGGCAGACCAGCAGUGCUGCUCCUGCUUCCAGUACAGGAACCCUUGUUGAGAGAGCUGCCUCCGACCGCAGAACCCACAGGCAAUCGCGUGCUUUGGCGUUUCUUCACUCCUUUAUGAUAGUCGUCCUGUGCUGCACAAUGCUCGUGGCAGCGCCCCUCCUCAUCGCCUUCGCCAGGGGCCUCCGGGUGUUUGGGAAAGCUCUGCGUCUUCCGAGGUCAUGUCUGCGGCUGGCUUCCAGGGCGGCGACGGGGGCAGUGCGGGCCGCGUCGCAGGCUCUGAAGAAAGCGGCAGGAUCUUUCCACGAAGAGAAGGAAGAGGGAGCCAGCUCCAGCGGCGCAGCCCUCACCGCUGACGACGCCGGAGAGGAGGGAGGCGCAGGUGGUGCAGUGCCGCUUGGCGAGCAAAGCAAGGAGGAGGAAAUGGCCGGAAAAGAAGAUGACGUCGACUGCAGCGAAGACUCGACUUUGGGAUCCAGCCAGGCGGUCUUGCGUGGCCUCUUGUGGCGCUCUGCUGCGUCCAAACGGUGGAUGUCGCUUUUACUGAUUAUUUUGCUAUAUUUCGCUGUUCUGGGAUCAAUGUACAUGUACUAGAAGCAUAUUUGUGUUUUGGCAUUCUUGUCCUGUUUCAGUAUUUUCUAAUUUCCUGUUAUGAGCAUUGCAUAUAUCGGAAAUAUUAGUUUAAUUCUGCCCUUUUUGCACUUCAUCAGACGAAAGCAAAUGAAUGUGACAGCUCUGUGUUUUAAAUGGAUGUGAAAGGACAUGGCGCAAUGAUUUUAUUUUUUAUAUCAAGAGACUUAAAACAAAAGCUGUGCAUUGCCGUUCUGCUAAACAAAAUAAAGAAAUCAAUGCUUUA